AUGGAGUAUAACAUACCUAUCCAAAGACAGCGGACUGUGUCAACAACUGGAGAAGCUCUGUAUGAAAUUCUUGGUCUGCAAAAGGGAGCAUCAAAUGAAGAAAUUAAGAAAAACUACAGAAAAUUAGCCCUGAAACACCAUCCAGACAAGAAUCCAAAUGAUCCAGAUGCUGCUGAAAAGUUUAAAGAAAUCAACAAUGCCCACACAAUACUUACCAACAUCUCAAAGAGAGAUAUAUAUGACAAGUAUGGAUCUCUGGGACUCUACGUGGCCGAGCAAUUUGGAGAUGAAAAUGUUAAUGCCUACUUCAUGCUGUCUAGCUGGUGGGCAAAGACCCUGUUUGUCGUCAUCGGCCUCUUGACGGGCUGCUAUUUUUGUUGCUGUCUGUGCUGCUGCUGCAACUGCUGUUGUGGACACUGCCGGCCCAAAUCCGAGAUGCCAGAGGAGAACUAUUAUGUGUCUCCAGAGGAUCUUGAGGAGCAGAUCAAGACCGACACAGAAAAAGGUAUGGACUUUCCAGUUGUUCUCCAGCCUACAAAUGCAAAUGAGAAAACACAGCUAAUCAGAGAAGAAGCUCAAAGUUAUCGCACAGACUCUUGA